AUGAAACGGUUUUUCAAAGUAGUGGAGAAAGAUUCAGAUGGGUCUGCGAAGAAGCCAAGAGGGAAUGAGAAUGAUAAUGAGGCUGAGACCGAAGAGAACAAGAAGAAGGAACCAUUGAAGUUUAUGACUUGGAAUGCCAACAGUUUUCUCCUUCGGGUCAAAAACAACUGGCCCGACUUCACCAACCUCAUCAACACUUUUGAUCCUGAUGUCAUUGCCAUUCAGGAAGUGCGGAUGCCUGCUGCUGGAGCCAAGGGUGCACCUAAAAUCCAGGGAGAAAUAAAAGAUGAUACAAGCGCAGCCAGGGAAGAAAAGAAGAUAUUGAUGCGUGCACUCUCUGCUCCACCUUUUGGCAACUAUCGUGUUUGGUGGUCUCUUGCAGAGUCGAAGUAUGCAGGGACAGCACUACUGGUGAAAAAAUGCUUCAAGCCAAAAAGUGUUGUUUUCAAUCUUGAUAAAUUAGCUUCAAAACACGAACCAGAUGGUCGAGUGAUCCUAGCUGAAUUUGAAACACUACGUUUAUUAAAUACGUAUGUACCAAACAAUGGAUGGAAAGAGGAGGCAAACUCAUUUCAGAGGAGAAGAAAAUGGGACAAAAGAAUUCUUGAAUUCGUUACGCAAAAUUCAGACAAGCCUUUGAUAUGGUGUGGGGAUCUAAAUGUCAGCCAUGAAGAGAUUGACGUGAGUCAUCCAGAGUUUUUCAGUACGGCAAAACUCAGUGGUUAUAUUCCUCCAAAUAAAGAGGAUUGUGGCCAGCCUGGGUUUACCUUGGCGGAAAGAAGACGGUUUGGUACCAUCUUAAGAGAGGGAAAACUGGUUGAUGCCUACAGAUUUCUGCACGGGGAUAAGAACAUGGAGCGAGGUUUCUCAUGGUCUGGAAACCCAGUAGGAAGGUAUCGCGGAAAACGGAUGAGAAUAGACUAUUUUUUAGUUUCAGAGAAACUCAAAGAAAGAAUUGUUGCAUGUGAAAUUCAUGGACAUGGGAUAGAGUUAGAAGGUUUCUAUGGAAGUGAUCAUUGUCCAGUUACCUUGGAGCUCUCUCCCAGUUCUGACUCCCAAAAUGAGGAUCCAGUAUAA